AAAAUCUCUCCUUUUCUUCUUUUUCUUUAAAUAUGCGUCUCCAUGUAUGAUAUAAACUCAACGUAAAUCGCAAUCACAAUCACAAUCACAAUCACAAUCACAUUCACGCUUUUCUUUAUUGCUUUCGCUUUUUUUUUCUCAAACCAAUGGUGAUGGAGGAUACCGAGAGUUGCGGGAGCAAAGCUAAAGAUACGCCGCCGUUGCAAAGCCAGAAACAGCGGCUAAAGUUUGACGUCUACAAUGAGGUGCUCCGACGGCUUCGACGAUCCGAUAAAGAAGAGGCUGAUAGGCCCGGCUUUGACCACCAACUCUGGACUCACUUCGAUCGCCUUCCUACUCGCUAUGCUUUGGAUGUGAAUGUGGAAAGAGCAGAAGAUGUUCUUAUGCACCAAAGAUUACUGCAUUUGGCUCAUGAUCAUGCCACUAGACUAGCAAUGGAAGUUCGUCUCGUGCAGGUGCAAUCUACCUCUGAUGGGAACUCUCCGAGUGAGGAAUCUGCUCAAAGUUCUAGGAAAUUGUCUAACAGACAAAGCAUACAUCCACCACCUGCCUUUGGCUCCUCACCUAAUCUCGGAUCCCUUGCUGAUCAAGAUGGAGAUAAUUCUGAACAUGGCAAUUCACAUUUUUCCAGGCCCAUGCAUGAAAUUACAUUUUCAACAGAAGACAAACCAAAACUUCUCAGUCAGUUGACAGCAUUGCUUGCUGAGAUUGGGCUGAACAUCCAGGAAGCACAUGCAUUUUCUACAGUUGAUGGUUAUUCCUUAGAUGUUUUUGUUGUUGAUGGUUGGCCAUAUGAGGAAACGGAGCAGCUUAAAGAUGCUUUGGAAAAGGAUCUCUUAAAAAUUGAGAAGCAAUCUUGGCUGAAACAACUUCCCACUUCUCCUACAAAGGGCCAGGAGACUAGGACCAAAGGUGAUCAGAAUUAUGUUGCAAUUCCUAAUGAUGGGAGUGAUGUUUGGGAAAUUGAUCCUAGACACUUAAAGUUUGAGAACAAAGUUGCAUCUGGGUCAUAUGGGGAUCUGUAUAAAGGUACUUACUGUAGUCAGGAUGUGGCUAUUAAGGUCCUCAAGCCAGAGCGUGUAGAUACUGAUAUACAGAAAGACUUUGCCCAGGAAGUCUUUAUUAUGAGGAAAGUUCGGCAUAAAAAUGUAGUACAAUUUAUUGGUGCAUGUACCAAGCCUCCAACCUUGUGUAUUGUAACAGAAUUUAUGUGUGGUGGAAGUGUGUAUGACUAUCUUCAUAAACAGAAGGGUGUUUUCAAGCUUCCAUCAUUGCUUAAAGUUGCAAUAGAUGUUUCCAAAGGAAUGAACUACUUGCACCAAAAUGAUAUAAUCCACAGGGAUUUGAAGGCUGCAAAUCUUCUGAUGGAUGAAAAUGAAGUGGUUAAGGUUGCUGAUUUUGGGGUUGCUAGAGUGAAAGUUCAAUCUGGAGUUAUGACAGCUGAAACUGGAACAUAUAGAUGGAUGGCUCCAGAGGUCAUUGAACAUAAGCCAUAUGAUCACAAGGCCGAUGUUUUCAGUUUCGGAAUCAUGUUAUGGGAGUUGUUAACUGGAAAGCUUCCAUAUGAAUACUUAACCCCAUUACAAGCAGCUGUAGGAGUGGUUCAAAAGGGAUUACGUCCCACAGUCCCAAAGAACACUAACCCGAAGCUCACUCAACUGCUAGAGAGAUGCUGGCAACAAGAUCCAACACUAAGACCUGAUUUUUCUGAAAUCAUAGGCAUUUUACAGCAAAUUUCCGAGGUAGGAGAUGAAGGGAAAUCUUCUGGAGGAUUUUUCUCAGCUCUUAGAAAGGCAGCAAAGUAGAUAAAGUUAUAGAAACAUAGGCUUUUCAACUAUGUUGGCGAUUCCCUCCCAGCAUUUUCAUCACUUCUGUACAGCAUUAUUGUCCUUUAUUUAACCCAUUUUUUGCUGGUAUAAAAUGAGCUUUUGUGACAUGAUUAUUUCUACAGUUAGUAUUUUUCUUUCUUUUUCUGAACCAAUUUUGUUUUCUUUAUUUCGAAUAACAAUGGGUCAUGUUUUUGAUGAA